GCCACUCCUUCUGUCAAACAUGGCUGUGCUUUGGAAGAAGGAAAAAUGCUGAAUUGUGUUGGUAUAUCUCGGGAAAAACAGCAGAUAUGGCUAGGUUGGCUGACUAUUUUACUGUGGUGGGAUACGACCAGGAGAAAGCCGGUUCAGGGGAGGGAUGUGGAAAGAUCAUUCAGCGAUUCCCUAAGAAAGACUGGGAGGGAACAGCCUUUCCUCAGGGGGUGGAGAUGUUCUGCCAGCCUGGAGGUUGGAGGCUGUCCCGAGAUAGAAAAGCACCCACCUUCUUCACCGUUGUGCUGACAGACAUCGAUUCAGACCGACACUACUGUUCCUGCCUCACCUUCUAUGAGGCUGAGGUUAAUCUGCAGGGAUCAAAGAAUAUUGAGGCUGAUGAAGAUGAAGAUGAGGAGACGGAGGAAAAUGGCCUGAUCCAGCCAGCUCAAGUGUUUGCACCCAAAAGUCUCAUUCUCGUGUCCAGGCUGGAUUAUCCUGAAAUAUUCCGGGGGUGCUUGGGUCUGAUCUACACUGUGUACAUCGACAGCCUGAGUUUCCCUUUAGAGGGCCUGGUUGCCAACCUCUUUACUUUCCAGGUUCCCCUUGCUGGUGGAUCCCAGAAGCUGUUCAGCCUGGGAGCAGGAGACCGGCAGCUCAUCCAGACGCCUCUGAACGACACGCUGCCUGUCACAUGCAAAAGUGUUGCUCUGCUCUUCCAGCAGCUGGGAAUCCAAAAUGUUCUAAGCCUGUUUUGUGCGGUCCUGACAGAACAUAAGGUUUUGUUCCACUCCACCAGUUACCAGAGGCUUGGAGAGGCGUGCCGCGCCCUGGAAGCCCUCAUGUUUCCACUCAAAUAUAGUUACCCAUACAUCCCAAUCCUACCUUCACGGCUGCUGGAGGUGUUGAGCUCACCCACUCCCUUCAUCAUUGGAGUGCACUCCAUGUUUCAAAAUGAAAUCCAGGAUCUGUUGGAUGUUAUUAUUGCUGACCUGGAUGGAGGAACAAUAAAGAUCCCUGAGUGUAUCCACUUGUCCGUGCUCCCUGAACCUGUGUUACACCAAACACAGACUGCCCUGUCUCUGGUUUUGCACCCUGAUCUGGAGAUAGCAGACAAUGCAUUCCCUCCGCCUCGCACAGCACCCUCCAACCUCAAGUUGUUGGACAAGGAGGUGAGGGCUGUCUUUCUCAGGCUGUUUGCACAACUCUUCCAGGGCUACAGGUCUUGCCUGCAGCUCAUUCGCAUCCAUUCUGAACCAGUUAUUCACUUUCACAAGACUGCCUUCCUGGGCCAGCGAGGCCUCAUCGAGAAUGAUUUUCUGACCAAGGUUUUGGAUGGCAUGGCCUUCGCUGGCUUUGUCUCAGAGAGAGGUCCGCCUUACCGAGCCUGUGAUCUCUUUGAUGAGCUGGUAGCCUUAGAUAUCGACAGCUUAAAAGAAGAAGAGGUCAGCCCUUCCAAGCUGCAGAAACACAUCAGGGAACUUUCUGAGCAGCUGUACCGAAAUGAGAACCCAAACCCACACAUGGCAUUCCAGAAAGUGCCUCGGCCUUCAGAGGGAUCCCACCUGCGGGUGCACCAGGUACCCUUCCCCCCGCUUAAUGACGAAAAUGUGGAGAAGAUGCUGCAGGAGGGUGUGGCAAAACACAGCAACACACCUCCCUCUACACGUCCUGAGAAGAAGUGUGUUGUACCUCCCGGACCACCAGUUGUGUCCAUUAUGGGUAAGAGUGGCUCCGUGUUUAACAGCGCUCGCAGACUGGAAGUGGUGCGGAGCUGCAUAUCCUUCAUCUUUGACAACAAGACCCUGGAGACUGAAAAGACUCUUCCAGCCGCACUGCGCGCACUAAAAGGCAAAGCAGCUCGUCACUGUCUCACUGAAGAACUGAGUCUUCAUGUCCAGCAGAACCGAGCCAUUCUGGACCAUCAACAGUUCGACUACAUCAUCCGUAUGAUGAACUGUGCCCUCCAGGACUGCUCCAGCUCAGAGGAGUACACAGUAGCUGCUGCACUGCUGCCCCUGUCGACAGCCUUUUACAGGAAAUUGGCUGCCGGAGUGAACCAGUUCGCCUAUAGCUGCAUUCAGGACCAUCCCAUCUGGACCAACCAGCAGUUCUGGGAGGCCACUUUCUACAGCGAGGUCCAGGGUCAGAUCCGAGCCCUUUAUCUAAGCGCCACAGAGGAGAAAGGGGGCAUCAUUGCCAGGGUAAAGGAUGCAGGCUCCACACCAGCAGCAGUCAGAGAUGAGGAACACACAGUGAUGGAUCUGGCAGCAGAGCAGCUGCGUUCAUGGCCCAGCCUGAGCAAGGAGAAGCAGCAGGAGCUGGUGAAGAAUGAGGAGAGCACCGUGUUCUCUCAGGCCAUCCACUACGCCAGCCUCAUGGUCUACCUGCUUGUUCCUUUAGACACCAGCAAGAACAAGCUGCUCCGUAACACACCUGUAGCUGACUGGGAGAGCGGCAGCAACAGCAUCGUCACAAACAGCAUUGCAGGAAGCGUUGCAGAGAGUUUUGACACAGAAAGCGGGUUUGAGGACUCGGAAAACAGCGACGUUGCCAACUCUGUGGUCAGGUUUGUUGCCCGCUUCAUUGACAAGGUGUGCACAGAGAGCGGAGUAACCCAGGAUCACAUCAAGAGUCUACACAGCAUGAUCCCAGGCAUAGUUGCUAUGCAGAUGGAAGCGCUAGAGGCCGUUCACAGGGAGAGCAGGCGGUUACCUCCUAUUCAGAAGCCUAAGAUUUUGCGUCCAGCGCUGCUUCCUGGAGAGGAGCUGGUGUCAGAGGGGUUGCGGGUUCUUCUGGACCCUGACGGCAGAGAGGAGGCAACUGGGGGCCUCUUAGGGGGCCCACACAUCCUGCCAGCAGAGGGAGCCCUGUUUCUCACAACUUACCGCAUCAUUUUCAAAGGAAUCCCCCAUGAUCAACUGGUGGGGGAGCAGGCAGUGAUCAGAGCGUUUCCAGUGUCCACUCUGACCAAAGAGAAGAAGAUCAGCAUCCAGAACCAGCUUCAGCAGAACAUGCAGGAGGGCCUGCAGCUCCGCUCUGCAUCAUUUCAGUUGAUUAAAGUGGCAUUUGAUGAGGAGGUGAGCUCAGAGACGGUGGAGAUCUUCAGGAAGCACCUCCAGAGGAUCCGCUACCCACAGUCCAUCUUCAGCUCCUUUGCAUUUGCAGCAGGACAAACGGCACCUCAGCUCAUCCUUCCAAAGCAAAAAGAGAGAAACACUGGCUUCAGAACACUGUCCAAAACUAUUGUCAAAGGCGCAAAGAGGGCUGGAAAGAUCACAAUGGGCCGAGGCAGCCAGACCACACUGAAGAAGAACGACAGAGGGAGCAGAAUGAUCUGGCAUGAAGACGAUGACAUUUCAAUAUCAGACGAUGGCGAACCGCCGCCCAGUAGCACUCUGCGUGCAUCAGAGAAGUCCACCAUGGAACAGCUGGUGGAGCAGUCCUGUUUCCGUGACUACCAUCGUCUGGGCCUGGGCACCAUCACAGCCAGCUCGUCUCGCUCAAAGUCAGGGGAGCAGUUCAGGAUCACAGCCGUGAACAGACUCUACUCACUAUGCCGGAGUUACCCCGGGCUGUUGGUGGUUCCCCAGGCGGUGCAGGACAGCAGUUUACACAAGGUGGCCCGCUGCUACAGACACAACCGUCUACCUGUCGUGUGUUGGAAACAUCCUCGUACUAAAGCUUUGCUGUUCCGCUCGGGAGGCUUCCACGGGAAGAGUGUAGUGGGAUUGUUCAAGUCGCAGAACCCCUCCUCAACAGCUCCAGCCUCGUCCUCAGAAUUGUCCAGUAGUCUUGAACAGGAGAAGUACCUGCAGGCCAUCCUCAACUCCAUCCCUGUCUACUUCAAAAUGAACGGAAGCAACACCCUGUCCAACCGCUCCCUCAUUGGCCUCUCACCAGGCAGUGACAGGAGGACGUCCAGGAUACCAAAGAUGACUCCUGUUCAUUUAGACCUCCCAUUCUCAAACAGCUUCACCAGAGGAGUUCUUGAGUACAGAGAUAAACUGUUCACUCACUCACACCAAAAACCUGCCAGUAAGAAGAGACUCGAACAUCAAGGCAUGUGGGCUAGCCUGCGGUCCAGCAGCAGACUCAGCCAUCACCCAGCGACUGGAGACAUGGGUGCCAGGCUUGCAGGGAAGGAUCUGGCGCCCCCUGCAGGCAGCAACAGUCUGCAGGCUCAGCUCCUGAAACAGCAAGCUGCCCUCUACGUCUUUGGAGAAAAAUCACAUUUAAGGGGGCUCAGAGUGGACUCCUCUUUGAAUUGUGAACUGGUGCCGGUGGACUUUGCAGACACGCGGCAGGUGAAAGCCUCUUUUAAAAAGCUGCUGAGAGCCUGCGCUCCCAGUGCCAACUCGUCUGACUCUGAAGACUCCUUCCUUAAAGCCUUGGAGGAAUCUGAAUGGAUCCUGCAGCUUCAUAAGAUCCUGCAGCUGGCACUGAUUCUGGUGGAGCUUCUGGACAGUGGCUCAUCUGUUUUGCUCAGCCUGGAGGACGGCUGGGACAUUACUACACAAGUGGUGUCUUUGGUGCAGCUGCUGAGCGAUCCUUUCUACCGGACUCUGGAGGGUUUUCAGGUGCUCCUGGAGAAAGAGUGGCUGUCCUUCGGCCACAAGUUCUGCCAACGGAGCAACCUGAGUCCCAGCAGCCAGGGCGGUGGCUUCACACCCAUCUUCCUGCAGUUCCUGGACUGCGUGCACCAGAUUUUGGCGCAACAUCCUCUGGAGUUUGAGUUUAAUCAGUAUUAUCUGAAAUUCCUGGCCUAUCAUCAUAUCUCUAACCGCUUCAAGAACUUCCUGUUGGACUCAGACUACGAGCGCUUGGAACAUGGCUUGUUGUUUGAGGACAAAGGUGAUAAACAGGCCCGCAGAGGCAUCUGUAUCUGGGAGUGUAUCAACAGAAUGCACAAGAGGAGUCCCAUCUUCCUGAACUACCUGUACAGCCCGUCAGAGAGCGACGUGACACUGAAGCCGGCCAUCGGCAUCCCCAACCUGAAUAAAUGGGACUUCUUCACAGAUGAGACUCUGUCCACUGGGCCGUGUUACGACUGGAGGAUGAUGGCUGUGAGGUCAGACAGCUCCGAGGAGGCAGAGACCCUCUCCAACAGUAAGAGGAGGAUCGUGUGGCCGUGUUACAGCAGCGUGAGCCGUGCCCAGCCCGAUGCCAUCACCAAACUCCUGAAUGACAUUGAGAAGCUGGAGGGGGAGCUGAACCAGGCCCCUGAGAAGUGGCAGACCACUCUUGAGAGAGUCAGACUCAGCAUUCAGGAAGACCUCACAGCAGAAGGAAAUCUCCGUAAAGAGUCGUUGUCAAUCUCGGGCCUCAUUCCCACGUCCAGCCUUCAGGCCUUUCAGCGGCGCUCCAUGCUGCACCUGCCAGACAGCGCUCUGGGCGAGGACCGCAGCACCACCACAGCCAACGGGAUCAACCGCCGCGCUGCAACGCUUUACAACCAGUUCACCCCCAAGAGCGAGGAGAACAGAUCUUAUGAGGGGAUCCUGUAUAAACGUGGAGCGCUGCUGAAAGGCUGGAAACCUCGCUGGUUUGUUCUGGACAUUACCAAACACCAGCUGAGGUACUACGACACCGGAGAGGACACCAACUGCAGAGGCCACAUCGACCUGGCUGAGGUGGAGUCUGUGGUUAUCGCCGCCCCCACUAUCGGAGCUCCAAAACACAUCAGUGAAAAGGCUUUCUUUGACCUGAAGACCAGCAAGCGGGUUUACAACUUCUGCGCCUCGGAUGCGCCCAGCGCCCAGCUGUGGAUGGACAAGAUCCAGAACUGCAUCUCUGACGCCUGAAGACAAAAGACCAACAUGGUGAAGAGUGGAGGAGGCGUCAAGCAGAGGCGCGUUGAGUGCUAGACUCCGCUCUCAGAUGUCUUAAAUUGUGGGACCACUGUGAAUAAAGUGCCUGGUAGCAGAGGAUGGAUGAUGUUGACACACCUCUCUGCCUGUUACUUAGCAGCUAGCCAGGCUGACCUCACUCUUCUUCAGCACGAGUCAAACGUUUUUUGUCUCUGCUGUCAGCCGCCUCGUGGAUCAAGUGGAGAUAAGCUGAUGUUUUAGGAGACUGCACUACAGAGGAAAUGUUAUCCUACUUAAGCUGUAAAUAGAUCAAAGCAAUAUCACUGGCCAUUCGAACUGUGGGUUCAAUUUUAGAUUUAAAAGAACGAGAAAAAUAGCCUAUGAAAGAAUUUCUAUCAGAUAUUUUACUACAAGGUUAUUGCUGCUUAAAAAAAAAACAUAAGAACCGCCAAAAACUCAGAGGUUAUAAUGCACAACAUGAGAAAGCAAUUUGUUUGCACUUAGCUCUAAAGUAUGCACUCCUUAUCAAAUAUAGAUUUUCUAUCAGAUGCAGACAGCCAGGCUAAAGGCAUUACUUUACAAUGUACAUAUAUUUCAACAAGACAGAAAACAUGAGAAGAGUUUGCACAGUGAGUUCAAAAGAGUGACCUGACAUUUUUUCUAUUUAAAUAAGUGAAGUGUGUGUUUUUUUCUGUUCUGUUGCGUGUCAAUUGAUCUGGUUAACACGGUUGUCUCAUGUCAUGUAAAUUAUUAUUUUUUAUUAAAAGUGUAACAGUGUAAGUGUGGUGGCUUCAUGCAUUUCCUGUAAAUACCCGUGUGACAUUUCAUUUUAUAUAUUCUGUAUGUACUGAACAUAAGUAUACUUUUCUAACCAUAACUGUAAUGUGACCAACACGUCAUGUGUGUUUCUCUGUCUUUUGUAUUGUUACUGGUGCAAAAAAAAAAAAAAAAACCUGAGUGGCCUGUUCCUGUUUGUGAAACAUUGUUCUUAAGAUGAGAUGGAGACCCUUUAGUUGUCACUGAGUGUCCAGGCAUGUGUGUCUGUGUCUUUUAAGGGCUUUU